CAAGAAAACCACAGACAUGUAACAGUGUUGUCCUGGUGACUUAUACACACUUGAUAUCAAGUAAAGCAUAAAAGCAGGGCUCUUUCUGGAACUCCACAAAAUCUUCCUCUGAGAUUCUGACGGCAACGGUCUGAAAACCAAGUUCAUGGCGAUGCUGAGAAGUCUGCUGGUUCUGUUCAUCUUGUUCUCCAUGGGAAAUGCAGAUGUUGUUCUAGAUAAACAAUGCCACUAUGGAUGGACAAAUUUUGGAGUCCGAUGCUACAAGUUCUUCUCUCAGUCGGCUGACUGGAUCACAGCAGAGAGAAACUGUAUAGAUCGGCAUGGAAAUCUCGCAUCUGUGCACGAUGAACUGGAAAACAAUUUUCUGAUGAGUCGGUUGCCUUCUACUACACGAUGUUGGCUUGGUGUUCAUGAUGGUGUACAAGUAAGUUGUGUGGCCUAAAGAGACUUAUUUGUU